CUAGGGUUUAGCGAUCAAAACACACUCAACCCCCUUCUGUUCGUGCGCGCGUCUCUCUCUCAUGUGAAUGAUGGAGGAAGCUCCUACUUCAGUUUCUGCAUCAGCAUCAGCAUCAUCUUCAUGCUGGACCAACGUCGUCAAGCAGCAACCUCCUCCACCACAGCCCCCCAAACAAGUGUUGGUGGAUCCCACCACCGACUCCCCCAAUGCCAUCUCCGUCGCCGUCGUCGACGCCAACGCCGUCAUCCAAUCCGGCGAGAGGCUCCACGGCCUCGCCGACAAGUUCAUCUCCAUCCCCCAAGUCAUGGAAGAAAUCCGCGACCCCGUUUCGCGGCACAAACUCUCCUUCCUCCCCUUCACCAUACAAACCAUGGAACCCUCCCCCGAAUCCAUCAACAAAGUUAUCAAAUUUGCUAGGGCUACUGGUGACCUACAAACUCUCUCUGAUGUUGAUAUUAAGCUCAUGGCUCUCACUUACACUUUGGAGGCUCAGAUUCAUGGAACGAAACAUAUCAGGGAUGCUCCACCACCUGUGCAAAUGUUGAAUGUGAAGAGGUUGCCUGAGAAGGACAUGCCUGGAUGGGGUUCCAAUGUGCCCAAUUUGCAAGAGUGGGAGGCAUUGGAACAGGCUGACGAAUUGUCGACUAAUUCCAAUUCGAAAAUCCUUCCUUUGCAGGACCUGAAUUUGAACAUUGUUUCUCAGGAUGAACACUCUGUGAAUGGUUCUGUGGAGCAAGCAAGUGAAACCGCUUCUGAAAUUCCAGAGGAGGGGGUGACGACGAAGACCAGGAGGCAUCUGCCUAAGAAAAAGGAGAUAAACAUUGAUGAGAAGAAAAUGGUGGCUGAUGGAAUUGAUGCCUCGCAGGGAGAGGUUGAUGACAAUGCUGGUGAUUGGAUGCCGGCUGUGAGUCGGAGUACUCACAGGAGAUAUCUAAGAAGGAAAGCUAGGCGCGAGUAUUAUGAUUCGUUGUCCAGUAAUCAAGAUUUGGAGGGAAGUGUUGGUGAAGAUGCUAGUGCUUUAAAUCUGCCUGUUCAUGAAAGGGAUGAAGAACAACAAAUUGGAAAUGCUAUGUCUGGGGAUGAUCAGGUGGUAAAAGAGAACAAAGACGAGGAAAGUAUCUAUGAGGUUCUGCAGAAUCUGAGGCUGGAAGAUGGUUCACUUGGUGUUCUUGAUGAAGAAAACGAACCAAGUUUGUCUCCGGAAAAACUCCAGUCAGACAAUGACGGGUUGGUGGAAGCCGCAUCCAAUGGCAAUGAAACUGUGAUCACUAAACCAUGUGACAGUGAGGCAGAUACUGUUGAUAGCCAAUCAAAUCACUUGGAGAUUGCAAGUCAGACCAGUGAAGCUGCUGAUUUUUCAUAUGCUGAUGAUGAUGGUAGUGAGCAAAGUUGGAUGGUUAGAUCGUUAUCUGAAUCAAGUGUAGCAUGUGUAACUGGUGACUUUGCAAUGCAAAAUGUGCUUCUCCAAAUGGGUUUGCGCUUGCUGGCACCUGGAGGAACACAGAUACACCAGCUGCACAGAUGGAUACUCAAGUGUCAUGCUUGUUACACUGUUACUGCCGAGAUUGGGAGAAUUUUCUGUCCAAAAUGUGGAAAUGGUGGCACCCUAAGGAAGGUAGCCGUCACUGUAAAUGAAAAUGGAAUAGUAUUAGCAGCCCGUAGACCACGAGUUACAUUACGUGGCACAAAGUUUUCACUGCCUUUACCCCAAGGUGGAAGGGAUGCAGUCACAAAGAACCUCAUUCUCCGUGAAGAUCAACUUCCUCAAAGGGUACUUUAUCCUAAAACGAAGAAGAAAGCCAGCAAGCAGGAUGAUGACUUCUUUACACCAGACAGUGUCUUCAGCCACCACACAGAUAAGAAAGCUCCUUUCCAGCCUCCUGUAAGAAAAGCAUUGGCAGUUUUCGGUGGGAGAAGAAAUCCAAACGACAAUCACUACUCACGCUCUAAGCACAAGUAGUGGAUCGCCAAAAAUUUGUACUGGCAUUUAUCUCCCCUCAGUUUUGUUUUUAUUGCUUGACUUUGGAAGUUACCUGGAAAUUUGUUUUGGUUUAUGAAAAACAUGAUUAAAAAGCGUGUCUAAUUUUCUCAAGAUAGUCUACGAUUUAGUUCAGGUGAUGUAUGGAAGAGUGGAAGAGUUAAUUUUAUGAGUGGCUCACAGUUUGCACCGUUUGUAGCACAAGCAAUUUUGGUUCAUUUGCCAAUGUAUCAAGGCAGCAUUAGGUUUGAACUUUA